UAUAUAAAACAAAAACUAGAACAUCCGUUAUGGCAUGCAACGAAGGAAAAACAUUUAAAAAUAAAGCUCCCGAAUGCGAGAAACUAGACUGCUGGUGUUUUCCAGAGCCAUAUAUCGAGCGGAAAGUUAAGGUACGAAAUAAGAAGCAUUGUUGGCUGUACCCUGAACGUGAGACGAAAGAACUGGUAAAGUUAAUACCGAAUUUUGAGCACUGCAAAACUUUGUAUACGAAGUGCGAUUAUAGACUUGAAAAUUAUGUUUCGAAACAAUUGCUAUUAAUUGAGGACCUAAUUCACAAGCACAAAAAUAAAUUAGAUAACGAGAUAGUCUUUCAGCGCAGCCUCAUAGAACAAAUGUGGAAGCUUUCGCAAAGAUUUUUGCUAUUAACUCAAUUUCAUCUUUGCGUCAAGCCAUUCCCGGAGAUAGUUUCUGUACCAGUGGAAAAGGAAACGCAAUGCGAAUUUCAAAAAAAGUUUAAUGCAGUUAAUAUUUCUAAUUGCCGUUUAAGCUCGUCAUUAGAUGCAUUUAGAUUUGCCAUUAAAAAACUGAAUCUUCUGUGCUCUCAAUUGGAUAUGACGGUCGAGAGUCCUUUUAUUAUAGGGGACUACAAAAUCCAACCGCUUUCAUAUUAUCGCAAUUUAAUCGAUGAUGCGUUUGAUUAUUUCAAUGAUGUGUUGUGCAAAUUGAAAUGCUGGGCCCAAUUGCUGGAUAUAGGGGAUGCUAAUGCAUUAGAUGAAUAUAAAGCUCUAUUAGACCCGACAAUGAAAUAUGACGAAUUCAUGAAAAUUGGCAAACUUGGAUGUACUUGCAUGCGGACUAAAAAUCCUGAAUGUAUUGAUAACGUCGUCAACAAAUGCUAAUAACCAAAAUAUUACAUUUCUGUUAACA